AUGUUGCGUCUCCCCGUUGAGGUGCUCGUCCUCAUUGGGAACGCUCUCGAGCCCUCACAGCGGCCACGCCUGCUCCAGGUCUGCCGCCGUCUGAGAACCAUCUUUUUCCGUCUCGUGUACACCGAGCUUCACCUGACAGGUCGCCGCAUCGAUCUUCUCACCCGGACCAUCCAAUCAUAUCCUGAGCUUGCCUCAACGGUCCAGAAGCUGGCUCUGAAAGACUUGGCCCUGCGGAGCUAUGGCCCCCUGGAGCUGUCUGUGAACAGGCCCCAUUAUUACUCUUCCUGGGUCGACGAGCGCGUGCAGCAAGCCAGCCGUUCGCCUUGUGCACGAAAACGCUGGCGCAAUGGACUCGUUCUGGGAGCUGGUGAUAAUUGGGGUGCUCUCAUCCUCACAUUGCUGGACAAUCUGGUUGACUUGCACAUCCAAUAUCCUCCCAUCCCAGCUCACAUCCGCGAAAUCAUAUUUCACGCUGCCGCCCCCGCUCGCGACUCGAAGCCUGCGCUGCAAAAAUUGCAAAAGGUGAAUAUUGAUCUUCCAGAAGACAGGUUUCUAGAUCCUGCUCGAGAUCUUUUCCCAUUCUUCCAUCUGCCUUCAAUACGGAGUGUUUCUGCUAGCGGGAUUAUUGACAGUGAUUAUGUCCACACGGUCGGUUCCAAGCGCAAGGACAAGGGCAAACUGUCAGCCCCACGCCGCUCAAGCGUCGAGGAAAUCAAGCUGGAAUGCACUUGUGGAGAGGCUUUCGGAAUGCCGGAUUAUAUCACCCCAUGCGCAAACUUGAAGAGAUUCUCCUUUACAAACCUGUACAAGGACUCCUUCGGUGCACCAAGGGAUCGCUUACUCCGAUCAGAGUUUUACGUACCCCUGUUGAGCCAGAAAAGCAGCCUCGAGGUUCUGGAUUUGAACUACCUAGGCCUGGCCUACGACGAUACGUUUGACAACGAGGCGGGGCUGCGAGAAAACUUUCGUCUUGGAGUUGCGCCCGACCGAUCCUACGGUCGUUGGUUCGGGUCAUUCGCGGAGUUUUCCCGCCUAAGAGAGCUCUGCAUCCGUGCGCCUAACCUACUCAACCUCUCGGAUAACAAGCAGAGCCUAAAAACCCCACUGGUCGACAUCCUACCAAGAAGUCUACAGAGCCUCUUUGUAUCAUACUCUUCUGAUGUCUACGUUAAUAUCCUUGUCGACGGCCUGACUGAGCUGGUCCAUGUGCACAAGGAGAGAUUUCCCAGUUUAAGGAGGAUCACCGUCUGUUGCCACGAAGCAGAAAUAAGAUGCGUAUUUUCCCAGUUCGAACGGCUAGAUGGCCUGCGCCUCGUCUGUAGUAAUGCAGGCCUCAAGUUUGAGAUGCACCACAAGGAGCGUCGUACUUUCCACAGCCAGGACGGUUCAACAACUUUCAACUCCUCCCAUGGGCCCAAUGGUAGUGAGGUUAGGCCACACCGCUUCCUUGAACGCGACUUCUCCUCCCUGUUGGACUUUGAAGCCUGGUUACAUUGCCGGCCUUCUGUUUCGUUUUGA